AUGGAAGAUCCCUUGCUGUCGAGCGAGUUCCCCUUCGCUAAUAUGCGCGGACCGUGGCUCACAACUGGCGGCGACGACAUGACGCUCACUGCUCCAGCUGACGACAUGACCAACUGGAACGAAUGGAUGCAAUACGAUCCCGCGCAAGCGUCUCAGAGUACCCAAAAUGUCGACCCCAAGCCCGCGAAUCCGCAGGGGCCUGCCGCAUAUCUCAGCCCGGAUCAGCAAACCUCGCCUCAUUCCCUCCCUCACCAACAAUCGCAAUCGCUGCAAUCCGGCAACAUACCAACUGCCGCUCCCAUGUUUGCUCAGUCGCAUGGUGUCCCGUUCACAUUUGGCCAGGGCGCCGAUAUGCCGCCCGCCUUCGACUUCAAUGGCAAUGCUCUAAGCUCCCCGCUUACCGCUGAGAUGCAACAACAGAACGCCUUCUACGCGUCUCAGCAAUGGCAACAGCAAGAGCAGCAGCUAGCCGACAAUGCUCUCUUCUCACCGACACAGUACGCUCAAAAUGGCUUUGUCGCACCACAGCCGCCAGCCUCCACGCCCAGUCUCCAUCAUAGCCCCAACUCUCUGAGCAACGGACGAGCCAGCUCAACCUCGUCGCAUUCGUCACCAGAGCCUACGACAACCAACGUACGAAAGAGGAAGUCACUGGCUGACUCCGAGGAACUUGAUGAUGAUGCACCGUCGAGCAAGAAGGGAGGACCACCCAAGAAGACUGCACACAACAUGAUUGAGAAGCGCUAUCGGACAAAUCUCAACGAUAAAAUUGCUGCCCUUCGCGAUAGUGUCCCCAGUCUUCGCGUCAUGUCGCGGCCAAACGGUACAGAAGAGGACGAUGAUCCUGAGGACCUCGAAGGGCUCACACCUGCACACAAGCUCAACAAAGCUACGGUACUCUCCAAAGCUACCGAGUACAUCCGACACCUGGAAAAGCGUAAUAAACGUCUACAAGAUGAAGUCAACACCUUGAAAGGACGGGUGGAUAGCUACGAAAAGAUGGCCAUAUCAGGACCUAUAACCUUACACGGCACUGUCAGCACACCAGAUGGUUCAAGAUUUCACAAAGAUCCAUUCACGCCUACACACGGUAUGCAAAUGUCAGGACCGCCACAAGGAUUGAUCCCCGUUCCAGAGAACAUAAGUGCUCUUCAGCGCGGCCUCCCACCACAACAGCACUAUGCACCUGCAUACCCGCCAGGAUAUGGCGGUCGCCCAGCAGUUGCCGCGCCCAUGGUCAACGGACGGCGCAACGGUGCCAUGAUGGGCAAACUCAUGGUCGGAUCUCUUGCUGGCCUGAUGAUACUGGAAGGACUUGUAGAGCGGGAGCAGUCACAAGAAGAGCCAACUGGUCGUGGUCUGUUCGCCCUUCCCAUCAAUCUCGCUGGCAUCCUUGCUCCUCGUGUCUCCCUAGGUGUAUCCGCAGCUCAGAUCCCUCUGGCCAAGCUUCUCUUAGUCUUCUUCGCCUUUUUCUACCUCGUUGCGCCAUUGCUCGACUUCAAAUCGAGACCGAAGAAGAAGUCUCCUCCCACUGUCCUGUUGACACCUGCACCAUCGCUGGCUUCUCCUGUUGAAGUCCGUCGAAAGGCAUGGCUCACUGCGAUCCAAACAGUCUGGGUACCUCAGCAUAAUCUCGCCCUCGAGCUCGCUGCUCUGGGCUUGAAGACACUCAAGCUUAGCAUGCGUAGGCUUAUCGGCUGGGAAGGAUACGCGUAUCUUACUGGUAUUACCAAGGAACAAGAAGCCGCCCGCGUCAAAGCCUGGGAAAUUGCGUUGGAUGCUCAGCUAACAGGCGGUGACGCUGAGAUUAGCAAGAGCCGUUUAGUACUUACCUUGAUCGCCUCCGGAACCCUGCCAGAUACGCCAGCAAGGCUCAUGCUCAAGGCCUUGCAUCUUCGGAUCGUGCUUUGGGAACUUGGAAACGCAGGCCAUGGUUCGUGGUGGUUACUCAACGACCUGAGCGCGAAACUGGCUCGAAGCUACUGGAACAUGGCCCGAAGCGAGCACCGUAUCGCCACCAACAUGUCGAAACAGAACAGCGAAGCUCAGCCGUUGCCAGAACAUCUCGCAGCACUCAUUGAGAGGGAGUGCGAUGAGGUGCUUGUUUCUGCAGUCGUGCAGCGAGCAUACAACCUGGCUUGGAACAAGCCAAGCGCAGAACAGACAGUCGUAGACACCUCCAUGGACGCCGUCGUAGAGGACUUUGCCAUAUGUUCGCCUUUGGACGCUCUUGCGGCUUGGUACUCUAGCCUUGUACUGAACAAGGGACUUGCCGCCACACUCGGUGCGAAGAGCAGCUCGUCCAAGGACAACGUCGUUUCCGACCUAGCACUUGCUCUCCAAGCUGCCCCUCCCAACUCACAGGCUCAGUUACGUGCACUAGUUGCUCAAGCUGUUGUAUUCGACGACGACCGUGACACUCGCAUUGCAGCAGCAAUGGAAGCCCUCCCUUCGUCUCCCAAGCCCGCAGAUGCUGGCUUCAUCAAUAUCGUCGGCAACGGCUUCGUCGCGAUCGAUGUGCGCAAGGCGCUUACUUUGGCUAAGUGCCUCUCUUUAGCCGCCUCCUCGAACCCCGAGGCCCGCCGCCGCGCCAUCUUCGUCGUUAACAACACUUAUCUACCCGAAUGCGCAACUACACUUCUCAGCUUUGUUGCCGGUCACAAAGUGCUCACGCAGUUCAUGAGCGACGACAAUCUGAAAAAGGAAGCCAGCUGCGGUCUAGAACGCACUGCCAGUUCCCUACGCAUGUGGAUUGGUCAUGACACAGGUAGGAGAAGUGGGCUGAGCAACAAGGUCCGCAGCAAGAUUGUGAGCAGCUGUCUUGGUGCGAGCAAGAUGUUAGUUGGAUUGGGAGAGAAAAAGAAGAAAGAUGAGUUGGAUGUAGACGAUGGUUAUGUUAGUGCUAGUGUCAAGGAUGAUUGA